AUGUUGGAUGUGGGGGAGCGAGAAUCCCGACCGGCCAGCAGAGAAACCAAGGUGAAGCCAUACCUGGGCUUUUGUGACCCAAGGCAUCAGUGCGCAACCGAGUUUCGACGCGAUCCAGGUACAGUCCUGAAUCGUGGCAGGUGGGUGACGGGACUUGGCGUUCAUCAGCCACAGCCCGAGCCAGCCCAGGACAUUCCAUCGCAGCGUCAUUGCUCGUGCACCACCUCCGAGGCGCAAGCUCACAGCCUGCGCCCCUCCAACUUCGCACCAACGGGGGAAACGAUCGCUAUAGGAUCGCCUCCGAACAAGCAAAGGCGCGCGACUGCGCCAGGCAAGCGGUGA